AUGCUUGAUCAAACUUGGAUGCUAGGGAUCCAAAACAGAUUUGGUCAAGGUGGUAUGGAAGUGGCCAAGGAUGGAAAGGAAGUGGCCAAGGUGAAUGAAGGAGGCCAAGGUGGAAUGGAGGUGGCCAAGGUGGAGUGGAGGUGGCCAAGGUGGAAUGGAGGUGGCCAAGGGAUCCAAAACAGAUUUGGUCAAGGUGGUAUGGAAGUGGCCAAGGAUGGAAAGGAAGUGGCCAAGGUGAAUGGAGGAGGCCAAGGUGGAAUGGAGGUGGCCAAGGUGGAGUGGAGGUGGCCAAGGUGGAAUGGAGGUGGCCAAGGGAUCCAAAACAGAUUUGGUCAAGGUGGUAUGGAAGUGGCCAAGGAUGGAAAGGAAGUGGCCAAGGUGAAUGGAGGAGGCCAAGGUGGAAUGGAGGUGGCCAAGGUGGAGUGGAGGUGGCCAAGGUGGAAUGGAGGUGGCCAAGGUGGAAUGGAGGUGGCCAAGGUGGCCGGCUGUGCUGGUCGCGGGUCGGCCGCGGGCCAGACCUUCUUGGCCGCGGGCUUCUCAGAAGAGAAAUGGUGA